UUAUUUGCAAAUCCUAGCGAUGCCAUGCCGGAAAGUGACGCUGGCUCGGUGAUCCCCGCGCAACUCUCCUUUCUCGCUAUCUAUAAUCCAACUCUCGGACCCACCGACGAGACGCUCGAAGACCAGAUCGUGUUCUACACCUCGCGGUCGGACUACCUACAACGGACAGAAGGCUCGCCUACAGAAGAAGAAGGUAGCAAGCCUCCUCAAGAUGGCAAAAACGAGAGGCUGCGCCAGAUAGGUCUGGCGCAGGGGAUGGUGAACUUCGCUAGUGAUUUUUCGUCAGGCAAGGCAUUGGACUAUGUUGAAACAGCAAAGACAAGAGUGGUGCUUCUCGAGCUGGAGAAAGACUGGUGGGUGGUUGCUUCUAUCGACCUGACGCGAUUACCAACUGAACCAACACAAGCUUCCUCAAACGACACAGUUAGUAAUACGAAGUUUCAUUAUUCAGCAAGGGAGAUGGGACACCCACAGCUCCAUAUUCAACAACUGCGCCGCGCCCACUCGAUAUUCCUUCUUCUCCAUGACUAUUCUCUGAGCGAUCUUUACGGGCGUGUGAGUCGGGCCUCAUUCUGUCUCUAUCUUGAACGGUUCUGGGAGAAAUUUGCAUGGAACUGGGAGCUUCUUUUAACCGGAAACCCAAUCGUUGAUAUCUAUAACGGAAUCAAACUUGCUGCGGGCGGCGAGUUAGGAAUCGGCGUCGGAGAAGAAGAAUGGGGCAGCGGGGAGAGAGAGGUUCUUGAGGAUUUUGUGGGGAGAACAGACGGCUUGAUUGAUCUGGUUGUAUCGAGAUUCGGCGACUCAUCCGCCCACUCCGGGGACUCCUCAUCUCAAUUUAAUGGUGAAAUGCCAUGGCUAGGGCAGGACACUGAUCCCCGACCGGCUGACGGUGUGAUAUUUUCGGGUGUCGAUACCAUAUCGCGGCGCUCUGUCGCUCAUGUUUCACACUGGAUGGAGUCGAUUUACCGAUAUGGCGAUGCGACAUAUGGUAUCGGGCGAGACCCAAAUUCUCUACGCCGAAGAAAACUCCAAAGUCAUAGAGGAAGGAGCUCCGCUAGUCGCCAAGAUGGCAAAAAUCCGUCAACUCCAGAGCGGGUUCAUACGCCCGGCAUACCCCGUCCGCUUGUAUUGGCUGCACCGCAGACUAUUCCAGAAGCUCAUUGCGAGAACACGCCUGAGCGAGAAGAGAUUCCUCCAUUAGGAAGUGAUCCAAAGAGCGAGAAAUCAGCCUUUGGGACCGAAGCAGUCAUGAAGUAUCUGACUCUGGGGUAUGGAUCAUCUUGGAGUCUCUCUAGCAUGUCCACACCGUCACUCUCAGGCUCUCCUGUUCCGGAGGUUGGCAAGCCAACAACUGGAAUCAUAGAGCGAACUCAGCCAUCCACCAAUCCAGUUCAGACUCCACCGCCAAAUGCGCCAAGCAGAUCUCGCCAGGAAUCUAACAAGGAUGCUGGUCGUUUCAUUCUUGGGCCUCGCGACGAUCUGGACACACUGGACGACCUGGAAGAAGGUAGUCCGGUAUCUGAGUCAGAUGUGAACAAAUCCAAGACUCGCAUCGUGCAUCGAACGCUCCAUGUUCGUUUGGGAGAUGGCUCAGGUGGAGACGGGCAUGCACGAAAGCUUGAGGCCGUGAUUUAUGUGCACCAACCUUUCAUGUUCACCUUCCUGUUUGAUGCGAAUACUACAAAUUUAUCAUCUCCGUCUCUCUACACUAGCAUCCAUCACCAGUUAGGCCCCCUCCAGAAAUCACUGCUCUCAUCCACCUCCCCGGCAGCAGCUGCCUCACGCAUUUCGACAUCUGAAGGCACCGCCGAUCCUAAAAAGCGCUUUUCCGCCCGAACUCAACCAGUUCACGACCUAGUCUACGACCCGUCUAAUUUAACAAUCCGAUCCUCCAUCCCCAACAUCCCCAGUCUAGGUACACCCCCCCAAUCACCAAAAAUACCUCAAUCACCUCGCACGCCAUCUCCCUCAUCCAUUCAACUACCAACCGCACCAAAAUGGUCCCGCGUAGAGAGUCUUGCCAUCCACCACCGCCUCUUAUCCACAUACAUCGAUACCCGCUCCCGUCCACAGGAACUCGAGCGCACCUGCAAGACUAGUCGUGGCUGGUGGAUCCUCUGGGUCCGCAUCCCACCAACGGGCCCAUCACCACCACAGGCCCUCUCCUCUGUAUCCUCGUCUGUGGCUCUGUCAUCCAUGGCUGAAGCGGAAACCGAUGAUAUUCACUCCUUGUCUCCUGGUGUCCCAGAACCGCAAGAAGCUUUCCUUGUCCGCAAGGCGAGUGACUAUGUCUCCCCUGUGAACCAGGAUCGAAUGAGUAGCGGUGCGCGCUUCUUCCGCGAUUUAGGUGGAUCGUCUUCUAAGGGUCCUCGUGGUGCUGAUACUACUACUCCUUCGAAGCUGGUAGAGGGGCUUGGACUGGAUGCUCGAAGAUAUGUUGAGGGGUUACUGCGAUUUAACAGGUGA